UUCUCAGUACAGUGCCACUGUAAGGUUCUCUCUGCAUUUUGAGCAGCAGUGGCAGGAGCUUUGAUCGAUGUCAAUCCUACGCCGAUCUUGAAGAACGAGCUUGAUAUUGUGAUCCCGACGAUUCGAAACCUGGACUUCUUGGAGAUGUGGAGGCCGUACUUCGAGCCCUACGACCUGAUCAUAGUCCAGGACGGUGACCCGUCGAGGACCAUCAAGGUCCCAGAUGGCUUCGACUGUGAGCUCUACAAUUGGAACGACAUCAACUGCAUUCUGGGUCCCCAGGCCUCUUGCAUUUCCUUCAAGGACUCUGCUUGCCGCUGCUUUGGCUACUUGGUCUCUAAGAAGAAGUACAUCUUUACCAUUGACGACAAUUGCUUUGUUGCCAAAGACCCAUCUGGGAAAGAGAUAAAUGCACUCGAACAAAAUAUAAGAACCUGCUAAAUCUAUCAACUCCUCUAUUUUUCAACACUCUUUAUGAUCCAUACAGAGAAG